UUUCUUAGUGUUUUAUUUUUAUGAAUAAAAAUAUUCAAAAAGCUGCAUAUUGUUAACUUUUAUGUGGCUCUAACAAUUUAAAUUUGUUUAAAAUGAGUAAUUCAAAAUUGGUCAUUGAUAAGCAUAACGAGACAUUAAAUUUGUGUUGGAUAGAUUGUACUAAAUUAUGUGAGAUUAUAAUUUCUGAAUUGAUUUAAUCAAUUUUGAGAGAGGAGAUAAAAUAAUCUCAAGUGAAUGGAUAAGAUAGAUAUCUCAUGAUUAUGCCUGAAAGAAAAUUCAUACGAGAUGAUAUUUAUACUCCCGUUGACUCAUAUUACUUGUCUACUUUUCUCAAUACACGCCUCCUAAGAAAUCAUCAAUAAGAUGGACUGUAUAUUCACUCCGUUUCAAAAAGAAUCUUUUUGAAACUUAUAAAUCUGUUCCGUAUCUAAAAAAAAAUUAUUAAUUGUAGGAGUAAAAUGAUAAAAUUUUAAUUAAUUUUAUCUUUAUUUGGUAAAUGAAUAAAUAAGUUGAGACAAUUAAUAUGAGAUGGAGGGAGUACCAUCAACCAAACAUUUUAUUUCAAAUUUAAUAAUGAGAAAUCCCAUUUUAUUCGUGUACAAAGGAUGAUCUCUCAAUGAUUAUUACUCCUAAAAUGCAAGUAAGGCAUCGAAUGUUUCUUUUUCUUUUUCGGGGUUUAAAUAGUACUACUAAUAUAUUUAUGUUUUUACCAGCUAAUAGAAUAUAAUAUACAAAAGUUGAAAUUUAUUUAAUGUUAUUAAUGUUUUUUCGGUUGCAGUCAGAUAUGGUCAUAAAUUAGGACAUGAAGAAACUCGUGAACCUUUUAUUUUCAAAUUAUUUCCCUCCUCACUUCUUUCAUUUUUACUAUAAGAGAGUAUUUCUGUUUGUUUUGGCUUUAUACAACAGUGAUCAUAUACUAUAUUUUGGGUGAAAUAGUUAUGGGAAGUAAUGAUGAUUAUUGCAGCAUUUCGAUUAUCACAGCUAGAGCUUGUAAUGAGAUUAGGAAAAGAGGAUCACAAACUACGUGUAGUCAGAGUUUUACUACAUGUAUAUCGCCUAGGUGGAUUUUUUCGCGCUUUUUUGAAACUGGAGAUAGAAAUAAGGCGAAGAAGAAGAAGAAGAAGAGGGAGAAGGAUUUAGCAUUAGAAGAUCCAGGAGAGAAGAAAGCGGACUCGAUGAACCUAGGCAUUGGAUUUGGUCUUAUUUAUCUGUUUAAUGCAACCAAAAAUGAACUCAACAAGAUCGUUGAGAUUCGCAGAGAAAUGGAAAUCUUGCUUCAUAAUUCCAAUAUGGAAUUCCAAAACCAAAGAAGAAUGAGAAGUAAUGUGUGUGGUGCAUCCAAUUCAAGAACCAAAAUCUCACACUAUGAUUCAGAUUGUGUUGAACAAUUCGCAUGCUCAAGUGAUAUAGAAGAAGAAUCAGAAAUUACUUGCAGCCAUGAUCAUCCUUUGAACUGCAAAUUAAAGAAAAGAAAUGAAAGGAAUUUGGAAAUGAACCAACUUGAAGCUGAACUUGAAGUUGAAUUAGAACGUUUGCAGUUCCAUUUGGACUCAGACGUUAUGUUGAAAUAUCCAACACAACAAGAUCUCGAGAUUACGGAUGGAUAUAGCUCGGAGGAAGGAAGCCUUAGUACAAGGUUUGCAGAAGUCGAUAAGCCUAGUUGCUGCAUAACAUCACUAGAAAACUGUGGAGUUCCGGCAGAAGAAUUAAGGAGGAAGCUGCACGAGCUUCUGCAAGAAAGGCAAGAAGAAAGGAUCAAAGAACUGGAGUCAGCUUUAGAAUCCACCAUGCAACAACUUGCAGAAAAAGAAGAAGAGGUCUGUUGGUGGAGAGAUACUGCCAAGGUCAUUUCUCAACAUGCUCCAAGUCGCCGAUCACUUACUAAGUUGGGUUAAAAGCUAAGCCACACACCAACCUUGAGGGAAACUGUCUAAAGUUUUUUUGGAUAGAAAGAAAUAGGAA